AUGUCUCUUUCAAGUUCCGACGGAAGUUACGGUCGCCGCUAUUAUGAUUACAGCCGUGACAGUCAAAGUAGUCCCAGCAUUAGCUCUCUAAGUAGCUCUUGUCUGUCAGAUGAUCACGUGACAAAUAAUUAUCGGCAAAACGAGAUAGUAUCUCCUACCAGCUCAUCAACCGGAAAUCAUGGACCUGUGAAUGAUGGAUCGCAGGGGGGAGAAGGUAAUUCCCUCUCAUACUCACCGGAGACGCCCGAUAAAACGCGAAUAAACGGAAGUUCAACUUACCCAUCGUCGAAUUAUAGAAAUCCUCCAUCGAGUAGACCUUACUCUUCAAAUGACAGCCUUCAAUCAGAUGAUAGAAACAGCGACCCCUCCCCGUACGACGCUCGGCACCCAAGCUCAGACGAGGCUUUGCACGCUCCCUCGAGAUCGAGCGUAUCAAGCCGAAGUGAGAGUACACCACGCAUAGACGGUUCACAACACAGCCUCAGAUCGAGGGAAGCUGACAGGCGAAGUCGAACGUCUUCAAGGGCAGAGUCGAAUAACGUGUUGCAAGACAUCAUGGAGGGCAUGGGAUCCCUACCCCCAGGGUCACAGUCACAUGGAAGUGUCAGCGACGAUAUCCCUCGACUGGAGCCCGAAGGGAGACACAGCUCGUCGCAUGACAGUUUAACUCAUAAAAACGACAGUGAACAGAGCCUGACUCGUGCAGGUGGUCCAGGAAGUGGAACAAGCCUGUGCGACACGGAGGAAAAGCAACAACAAGAACAUCACAUCGAAACCGCGGACAAAAUAGAAGAGGAAAAUAAGCACAAUAUCAGUUUGUCCACGGCUGGCGAUGUUAAGGUUUCCGGAAAAGCGAAAGAAAAGAAGAAGAAAAAAAAGAAUGUGAAAAGCCAAACUGUGGUGCAUGUGGAAGAUGGCACGGACCUCCACGACAUCGGCAAUGAUCACAAAUGCGCUCUUUGCUGUUGUACCUGUGGAUGUUUGCAGGGACUCGCAAAUUCGAAGUACUUUUUGUUUUUAAUAUGCGCUUUAUUAUUGCUGCAAACGUAUCUUGUGGGUUUCAUGGCUAGUAUGCUGACAACCAUAGAGAGGCGUUUUGAUCUGUACACCACAGAAGUAGGUAUUCUCGCGAGCAUGUACGAAGUCGGUAGUCUUGCCGCCAUCGUGUUGGUUUCAUAUUGUGGCGGAAAAUCCCGCACUCAUCGUCCAAAGUGGAUCGCCGGCGGAGCCUUACUUAUCGUGGUCGGAUGCGCCGUGACAGUCUUGCCGCAUUUUAUCAGCGAGCCUUACGAUCCAUAUGGCAGUCUCAUUCGCUAUGACAACACAAUCACGAUCUACGAAGCUAACUAUCGCGAAAAUAUUUGCAACACCACGGCUAAGGCGCCUGUCUUUGACCGGUGUGAUGCGGACGUUCCUAUGCUUUUCGGCAAAAAGGACAUGAAUCUGUACUAUUAUAUUAUGAUGGUAUUUGGGCAAGUACUUGUUGGUAUGGGUUCAACUCCAGUCAUGACACUUGGUGUAGCAUAUAUCGAUGACAAUGUGUCGAAGAGGGCAGCACCACUAUACAUUAGUAUAUUUGAUAGCAUGUUUGGAUUGGGUCCAAUAAUUGGCUUCAUUGCCGGCUGGUUACUUGGUUCAUUGUACGUCGAUUUCUAUAAUUCCGAGACCACUCUCACGGUGGACGACCCCCGUUGGGUUGGUGCGUGGUGGAUCGGUAUCAUUAUUGGAGGCGGGCUAGUUAUUUUCGCUUCAUUGCCAUUCUGGGUGUUUCCUAAGAAGUUAUGGGUUGAGUGGAACCCAGUCAGCACCGUGACUGCAAUCAGAGAAGAUGCCGUUAUACAAGCGCCUGAUGGUGACCGGGCCGAUAAUGACGAGGGGAAUACCAACAGUGAGGUGUUAUUGCGAUCGAGAAAACUGCCUAGAAAGGUUAAAGACAUGCCUGGUACAACUAAGAGAUUACUCACCAACUGUACGUAUAUGUGUAUCAGUAUUGGUGCUUGUUGUGAGAUAGCGUUCGCUGCCGGGUAUUAUCUCUUCUUGCCCAAGUACCUGCAGUCGCAAUAUGGCGUCAGUGCAUCAUUCGCCGACCUCGUUAUCGCAUGUGUACCAGCGCCCUCAUUUGUCAUCGGAGUGAUCGUAAUCGGUGUCAUUAUCUAUCGAACCAACCUCGGUAGACGUGGAAUGCUCACUGUACUUGUUUGUUUGUCAUUCUUCUCCACUGUAUUGAUGGGAUUGCAGAUAUUACUAGGCUGCAAUCCACCACAGUUUGCCGGGGCCAAUACAAACUACUACAGUGUGUCAGAGGUCGGGGAAGUGAGUCUAUCCGCUUACUGUAAUAAAGACUGUGGUUGUACGGACAGAGCUUAUAACCCAGUCUGCGGCUCAAAUGGCAUUACGUAUUAUUCGCCGUGUCAUGCUGGGUGUACAAAGAAAGACGGACAGAUAUACUAUGAAUGCGGCUGCGUAGAGGCUAGUGAAAUGACGCCUCCAACGGUCAUGAUGACAACAACACCGACGACGACAAAAAUUAGCAAGGACAAUGCCUCAGACCAAGUAGAUAACAAUGCCGCUAACCUUACAACGAAAGCACCGAUUGCACUGCAACAGUAUCAGAUUGUAACGUCUAUGGUCGUCGAGCUACCGGUCAAGGAAUAUCCCAACUCGAUAAAUGCCGGGGUCUGCAAACAAGACUGCGACUAUUUUAUACCAUUCAUGAUCAUGUUGUGUCUUAGUACGGUGCUACUUAGUAUGGAAACAAUACCGGUUGUAAUGGUAACUCUGAGGAGCGUCGUACAGAGGGAUAAGGCGUUUGCGAUUGGUGUUCAAUAUCUAAUAUUGAGAUUAUUUGGAUUUGUACCGGCUCCUAUAUACUAUGGGAAAGCUAUUGACUUUACAUGUAUUCUAUGGCACACAAGACCAUGUGGAGAACAAGGUGCAUGCUGGGUAUAUGAUAUCGAGAUGUAUAAGUACCUCUUUUUUGGCAUGUCUGUAGUCUUGAAGGGAUUGGCUUUUAUCUUCUUCAUCAUCGCCCUCAUAAGCAUGUGUGUAUGCAAACCUCGCACGGAGUUAGUGUACGCGGAAGAGGAGACGGCACUGACACAAACAAAGUGUUCACGAGAAGCAGCUAAAAAAGAGAAAGAGAAGAAAAAGAAGAAAAAGGAGCGGAAAUCGAAAGCGCUCGCAGAGGAUAUCGAGGAUCCCGAUGAUGUAUCGAAGAGAGAAACUUUAAAAGCUGAAGACUUAGAAAAAAAAUCGAAGGAAAAAAAGAAGAAGAAAGGAAAGAAACAAAAGGAUUUGGACAGAGUCGCUGCAUGCGAUGAUCAGGGUUCCCAUGGAGAUCGAAGUGAGGAUAGAUUCCUGAUGGCAGAUAACCAACAAGUUGAAGCCGAAGAAACGAGACUUGCCGAAGUGGUGGUGCGGCAUGGAUCGAACGAGUCAGUGGAAGAAGAAGACACUCCUGUCGGCGGGCCAUCUCCGGAUGGAAUUCCUGUGGCCGAUGGCGACGAUGAUUAUGAUAUUGACGACAUUGCUGACUGAAAUAACUUCUUAUUCGCGAAAAUAAACACUGCACAUUAUAUAGUUUUUAAGACUUUGGUGCACUCUGAUAAUAUUAACAAUAAUAUAAACCAACUUUGUUGUCCAGUAUGUGAGGCUUUAAUAUUUAAAAUUGAAACUAACCGUCGUAAAAUCUCAAUUGUUUUUAUAAUGUCUCAAUAUUUUAAAGACGUAUCUGAAUCGACUA